AUGAAUACUUGUUCUGCUAAAACUUACAAAUUGGGAAGAAACUUGAUAUUACGGAUGCUCUUCCAUAAACUGUUACUGUUUCUACUUGUGAUAUCGGUGUGCGCCUUACCCAAAGGCAAGUUGGCUAGCAGCAAAAUAUUUGGAAAAGGAACGAUCAGUAGCGGGAACAUCAACGGAACGAGAACAUUCGAAGAUUGUAUAAAUGAUUGCUACGAAGAGACGCAUAGAGAAGGAGUAUGGACGAAAGAAAAAGGUGAAAAAAAUGAGCGUUGCUACGAUCAAUGCCUGGUGGAUUUUUACGGAAUGAUAAAACAGCACUGA